GUGAUUAAUUAUCACCAGAAACGGUCCUUGAAGAAAUGCUACCAUUCUCGUCGCUGCUUUCUAGCCAUAUUCGGUUCUUGCUACAGAGUGUAGACGACUCCAAUUUCAGUCAGGUUCUUCGUGAGCUCCGUCAGACUGUUGAAUAUGGGAUCGAGGGAAGCAUCUUGCUGGUACAGACAUGCUUGGAUCACAUGAAUCUUCUAGGGGAAGAUAUGCAAAAAAAGCAAUAUAUGUUGGACAUAUUUUCUGCAGUAUUCAGUUGUCUAUUAGACCACCCGAAUUUUAGUACUGUGUUUUGUGAAGCAUUCAGAAACUUGAUUAUCAGCAAAAAAUUCCUUAGGGAUUUUUGCAAUGAAUUACAAUUGUCAGUCUUUGAGAAAGUUGCCCUUGGUCUUGCUUUGGCAGACUCAGAGAAUGCUGAGGUCAGAACUACUGGUCAGGACUUUAGCAUUGGAUUGAUAGAGGAGUCAUGCAGAAAUCCUGCCUCUGUUGAUUCUGUUGAGGAGAUUCAGAAUGUAAUUCUGUUCUUGUAUCAGUCAGAGGGCCUAAUCAAGUAUGUGGACUCCUUUAUGCAAAUGGUGGCUCUGAAGUAUCCAAAAGAGAGGACCCCUCUUACGUUAGUUCCGUGGCUCAAAGAUGAUGUAACGGAGGCUAGGCUUCCGAGGAAUUUGGAUAUGUUUCAAAGUUGCAAUGAAAAUGAUUUUGAUUUCCUUCUGGUGGAGAUGGAGAGUGAGACUAGCAUGGCUGAUAUAAUGAGAGAAGUUGGAUACAGAUGUACAACUGAUUCUACACAUUGCAAAGAGGUUUUGUCAAAUUUCUUACCUUUGAAUGAAGUUACUCUCUCUAGAAUACUUAGCACUGUUGCCCGUACAUAUACUGGCCUUGAGGACAGUCAACUUUCACAUUCAAUUUUCUGCUCUGCAAUUGGUAGCAGUGCUGCAUUUGAUAUAUCAUGCCCAGGCUCUUGGAAUGUGGACGUUUUGGUGGAUUCAAUUAAGCAACUUGCUCCUGGAACCAACUGGAAUACUGUCAUGGAACAUCUCGAUCAUGAGGGAUUUUACAUUCCUAACAGCCAAGCAUUUUCAAUUUUCAUGUCAAUUUAUGCAUACGCAUGUCAGGAUCCUUUCCCUCUUCAUGCUAUAUGUGGCUCUGUCUGGAAGAAUGUUGAUGGUCAAUUAUCUUUUCUAAGAUAUGCUGUAUCAGCCCCACUUGAGAUUUUUACCUUUGAACAUUCUGUCAGGAAGCUAGCAUAUGUUGAAGCAUGUGAUCACCAUAAGCUUCAAGCCAUACAAGGAAACCAUGCAUGGUUAUCCCUCGACUUGCUUGAUGUGUUGUGUCAAUUAGCUGAGAGGGGCCGUGCCAAUUCCGUUCAAGCAAUUAUUGAGUACCCUCUCAAACACUGCCCUGAAGUUUUACUCCUUGGAAUUGCUCAAAUUAAUACUGCUUACAACCUCCUCCAGCAUGAUGUUUCUUCCACCAUUUUCCCCAUAGUUGUUGAAAAAUCUAUGGGUAGCUUGAUUCUUCAUCUUUGGCAUUCUAAUUCCAAGUUUGUGGCAUGUGGUUUCAUGGACAUGAUUAAAGCUGAUGAAAGCAGCAUAAUUGGAAUGUUGGCCAUUUGCCAUGAACAGAAGAUUUUAGCAACUUUCUUGGAGCAAAUUCCAUUUUCUUUCAGUAUUCGACUGGCUGCAUUUGCUUCCCAAAAAGAAUACUUGUGUCUGGAGAAGUGGUUGAAUGAUAAUCUGAAUGCUAAUAAAGACAUUUUUGUUAAGGAAUGCCUAAAGUUUUGGAACGAGAUUUCUUUAGAUGCAGCAGAAGAUAUGACCCCUGAUUUGUUUCAUCAUCCUAGCACUGUUGAGAAUAUAUAUUCCAAGACAAGUUCAACAUUUCUAAAGGUUUUUCGAGCUAAUAUUGAACAGAUCACUUCUGACCAUCUUGCUGAAGAAUUGAAAAGAUUGAAUAGAGCUUCUAUGCUUUUCAAGCCUCAACCUCAGAAUGUUGGAACUUCUGAUUCAUCAAUUUCUUGUGGAUAUGCUAAUGAUAUAGAGGCUGAAGCAGGUUCUUAUUUGUAUCAGAUGUUUUCUGGUCAGAUGCCUAUGACUGUUAUGAUUCAAAUGCUUUCACAAUUCAAGAAAUCUUCACAGAAAAGGGAACAAUUGAUUUUUAAGCAUGUGAUACAAAAUUUAUUGGAUGAGUACAGGUUCUUCCCUAGGUAUCCAGAAAAGCAGCUUACUAUUGUUGCUGUCCUUUUUGGUUCUCUAAUAAAACAUCGGCUUGUAACUAAACUCAGACUUGUUGUUGCUCUGAAUAGUGUGCUAGAUGCAUUGUGUAUGCCCACAGACUCAAAGAUAUUUUUGUUUGGAACCAAAGCUUUAGAGCAGUUUCUAGAUCGUUUGGUUGAGUUCCCACAGUAUUGCAGUCAUAUUUUGCAAAUAUCUCAUUUGCAUGGAACUCAUCCAGAGCUUGUUGAUUUUGUUGAAUGUGCUCUUGCUAGGAUUUCAUCAAGUUCCUUGGGAAAAGAUGAAGAGAACGCCUACGUUCACCAUGAUGGUUUUACUGAAGCUACUUCAGAAAGUUCAGAGACUGUGUCAUCACAAAAGGCAAUGGCAGUUACACCCACUGCUUCUGAUUUUCUUCAUUCUUCUAGGAGAGUUACUUCAACUAGGUUUGGUUCUGCUCUAAAUAUUGAAACACUUAUUGCAGCAGAUGAGAAGAGGAAUACUCCUCUCAAGACUCCUGCAUCCAAUGUUCAGGAUGAGAUAUUUUUUAUGAUUAAUAAUAUUUCCUCAUCAAAUGUUGAUGCUAAAGUGAAGGAAUUUACUGAGAUUCUUAGUCAGCAAUGUUAUCCAUGGUUUGCCCAGUACAUGGUGAUGAGAAGAGCAAGCAUCGAGCCGAAUUUUCAUGACUUGUACUUGGAGUUUCUGAAGAAAGUCAAUUCAAAAAUAUUGAAUGAAGAGAUUGUAAAGGCUGCAUAUGAUAAUUGCAAGGUUAUUUUGCGAUCUGAGCAUAUAAGGUCAAGCUCAGAAGAGCGCUCCUUGCUGAAAAAUUUAGGUAGUUGGCUUGGGAAGUUCACUAUUGGCAGAAAUCAAGUACUAAGGGCCCGAGAAAUAGAUCCCAAAGCUUUAAUAAUAGAGGCAUAUGAGAGGGGCUUGAUGAUAGCUGUGAUUCCAUUUACCUCAAAGAUUUUGGAACCAUGCCGAAGUAGUCGUGCUUACAAGCCUCCAAAUCCUUGGACUAUGGCAAUCCUUGGUUUACUUGCAGAGAUCUAUGCAUUGCCAAGUCUAAAAAUGAAUCUCAAAUUUGAUAUUGAGGUUCUAUUUAAGAGCCUGGGUGUAGAUAUGAAGAAAGCUAACCCAACAUCUCUUCUAAAAAAUCGUCUUCGUAAAGUAGAAGGAAAUCCUGAUUUUUCCAACAAAGAUGUUGGGGCACCUCAGCCUCCAGUGGUUACUGAAAUUAACUCUGAAAUCAAGUCUACACUGAAUAAAGUUUAUCUACAGCAUGAGAUAGUCAAUACAUCUCGUUCUGAUGACCAAUUAGAGCUGGCUUCACGAAUCGCUGAUAUUGGAAGUCAAAUUAUCUUCAGUGAAGAACUCAGCACUUUGGGCUUGCAUCAUUUGCUGAGAGUUGUCCCCAUUGCUAUGGAGAGGGCUAUCAAAGAACUCCUGUCUCUGGUGGUAGAACGCACUGUUCCCAUAGCAAUCCAGACAACAAAGGAAGUUGUUCUAAAGGACUAUGCUAUGGAAUCAGAUGAAACCUGCAUAUAUGAGGCUGCACAUUCAAUGGUAGCUAGUCUGGCUGGAAGUCUAGCUCAUGUGACAUGCAAGGAAACUCUUCGUACUUCAAUAUCACGUCAACUAAGGGAUUCAUUUCAGGGUUUGAAUGUUCCCAAUGAACAUCUUGAACAAGCUGUUGCUCUUGUUAUCAAUGAUAACCUGGAUUUGGGGUGUGCAGUAAUUGAACAUGCUGCAGUUCAGAAGGCAUUACAAACCAUUGACCGUGAAAUUACUCAGCAACUUUCUGUAAGAAGGAAGCCUACAGAGCGUAUUGAUCCUUCAUAUUAUGAUGCAAACAUUAAUGCACAAGGUCCUAUGACUGUUAUAUCAGAGUCCCCUCUCCUCAGACCAGGGCACGUAUCGCACUCACAACAGCAAGUAUAUGAGGAGUUUGUUCAUUUCUUCCGGAAAAAUCAAGCUGGUCAGAACUCAAAUGUGGUGCCUGCUUCAUCUGCUGCUCCAGGACAGCUUAACCGUGGCUUGUACUUAUCUGGGAUGGAUGCAGUUAAUUAUCCCUUGGAUCUCAUUUCUGAGGAGAUUGACGCUAACCAGCCUGUUGCGAACCAAAGUUCCCUCAGUUCUUUGUCCCCAACUGCUGCUGCCCCUGAAGUGCAUUCUGAGGAGGUGUCCAAUGCCAGAAAAGAAUUGAGAGCUACUGCAGAAUCAUUGCCUACAACUCCCAUUGAUCAACUGGGAAGUGGAAUCUUGGAGCCCUCAUUAUCUAUGUCAGAUGUACUGGAAAAAUAUCAAAUAAUUUCCCUGAAGUUGGAGAUUUUGUUGACUAAAGAAUCUGUAGAGGAAGAGAUUGAUAGAGUUGUUUUCCAGAUUCCAAAGAUCAUACUUAAAUGUGUUAGUCGAGAUGAGGCAGCCCUUGCAAUUGCGCAGAAGGUUUUCAAAAGUUUAUAUGAGAAAGCUUCAAACAGUUCGCAUGUCGGUUUACAUAUUUCAAUUCUGGCUGCUAUUCGUGAUGUUUGCAAGCUUGUUGUCAAGGAGGUUACUAGUUGGGUGAUUUAUUCGGAUGAGCAUAGGAAGUUCAAUACGAAUGUAAUUGUUGGCCUUAUGCGCAAGGGUUUGCUUAAUCUUGCUGAAUACAACAAGCAUAUGGCAAAGCUUAUUGAUGCUGGAAAGAAUAAAACUGCAACAGAGUUUGCAAUUUCUCUCCUCGAAACCUUGUUGAUUCAGGAAUCAAGUCUAACUUUGUCAGAACUUCCCAAUCUUAUUAACUCCUUGGCAAAGGUUGCAGCAAGACCUGGAUCUCCUGAAUCAUUACAAAAAUUGCUUGAGAUGGCAAAGAAUCCUCUAGAAAGUGCUGCAAGUCCUUCUGGUAAUAUUGUUGGCAAGGGGGACUGGACCAAGCAUGCUACAGGCAAAAAGCACUCUGAUCAUUCCAUGACAAGUAGGGAUGGCAAUGUCAAUACUGAAUCUGUAUCAGCGGAUCUUGCUGGUUUUUAUGACCAGCUACAGGUUUCUGUGCUGUUCACUGAAUGGUACCAAACAUACAUACUUCCUGGUGCAAAUGAUGCAGCUUGUGCAUAUUUUGUCUCAAAAUUGCAGCAAAAUGGAUUUCUGAAUGGUGGUGAUGUGUCAGAUCGUUUUUUUCAAUUUCUCAUGGAGCACUCUAUUGCCCAUUGUCUCUCUUCUGAGAGAAUUGGUUCUAGUUUGUCAUUGCAGUCUCCUCAAACUGCACAGGAUCUCUCAUUUCUUGCAGUUGAUGCGUAUGCAAAGCUUGUCGUUGUGAUUCUGAAGUAUCAUGCAAUGGAGCAUCUUUUGUCAAAGAUAUUUCAAUUGACUGUUAAGGUGAUUAAGAGGAAUGCUGAGGAGAAGAAGGCAUCUUUUAACCCAAGGCCAUAUUUCAGGCUGUUUGUUAACUGGCUUUUUGACCUUGUUUCACCAUAUGCAGUCUUAGAUGCUGCCAACAUUCAGGUUUUGAUUGCUUUUGCAGAGGCUUUCCAUGCAUUUCAGCCUCUUAAAGUUCCUGCUUUCAGCUUUGCAUGGCUUGAGUUGAUAAGUCAUAAGCGCUUCAUGCCGAAAUUGCUCACAGUCAAUGCACCAAAAGGUUGGGUUUAUGGGCAGCUUCUGCUGGUUGAUUUGCUCAAAUUCAUGGAGCCUUAUUUGAGGAAUGCCAAACUUGAAAAGGCGAUUAAACAUCUAUGCGAAGAAACGUUAAAAGUGCUGUUUGUGUUGCUGCAUGAUUUCCCUGAGUUUCUGGUUAGUUAUCACUUCAGCUUCUGUGAUGUAAUUCCUUCCAGCUGCAUUCAGAUGCGAACUAUUAUCCUUAGUGCCUGUCCACGCAAUAUGCAGCUGCCUGACCCUUCUACACCAAACUUAAAGAUUGAUUUAUUGCAAGAGAUGCAUAUACCACCAUGUGUAUUUUCUGAGGUUGAUGCCGCUUUAGGAGCUAAGCAGAUGAAAAAUGAUGUAGAUGAGUAUCUUAAGACACGACGGCAGGCAUCUCCAUUCUUAUCAGAGCUGAAGGAGAAAUUACUGCUGCCACAGGAUGAGGCAGCACAAGCUGGGACCCGAUACAAUGUGCCCAUGAUAAACUCCCUCGUCCUGUAUGUUGGAAUGCAGACCAUCCAGCAAUCACAGAAAAAGACCACACCUAGCCUCGCACAACAGAUGACCUGCAAUGGUCCCAUGCAAUUGUAUGCGAUGGGUCCUGUUUUAGCUCUUUUCCAAACGUUGAUAAUGGACCUGGAUGCAGAAGGGCGCUACCUUGUCCUUAAUGCGAUUGCAAAUCAGUUAUUUUAG